UUCAGUUGCAACAAAAUUAAUAUUAAGCCAACCUAAUUGUCUAGUACUGUCACCUCUCUCAUCUUCUCGAACUUAUCAAAGGUCAAACUGCUCAUUUCUAUUGGGAUGAUAGUUUGCUUAGUUCUGCAGUUCUGAAACAAUUUUCAUCAAUGGAGAAUAAUGAUGUCCUAGGCAUUAACAACAUUGGUGUUUCACUUCCGGUUGAAAAUGUGCAAGAACUUGCUUCCAGGAACUUGAAAGACAUUCCGCAACGAUACAUCCAAUCUGAACUCAUUACAGAUGAAGUUUCAGUCAACGAGUCAUCACAAAUUCCUGUCAUUGAUCUGAGCAAGCUUGUUGUUGCUGGAAACAAUGGAUACCAAACGGAAAUGUCAAAACUUCAUCAGGCGUGUAAGGAGUGGGGAUUCUUUCAGUUGACUAAUCAUGGAGCUACAAAAGCAAUUGACAAAAUGAAGGCGGAUGCCAGGGACUUCUUUAACUUGCCAUUAGAGGAAAAGAUGGUUUAUGCACAACUUCCAGGCAAUCUUGAAGGGUACGGUCAAGUAUUUGUUUUGUCGGAUGAUCAAAAACUCGAUUGGAACGACAUGCUCUUGCUGUUUCCUAUUCCGGAGUCUGGAAGGAAAAUGAAGUUCUGGCCUAACAAUCCCACAUCUUUCAGAUCCAGCUUAGAGGCACACUCGCGCGAGCUCAACAGAAUCUGCAUUAGUCUCUAUGAACAUAUGGCUGUGAAUCUCGGGGUGGAAUUCAAGGAAAUGGUCAAAAUUUAUCAGGAAUGUACACAGGUUAUAAGAAUGACUUACUACCCACCAUGUUCCAAAGCAGACAAGGUUAUUGGUAUCUCUCCGCACUCUGAUGGAUCUCAACUGACCUUAUUGGUUCAAGUGAAUGAAGUUGAAGGCCUCCAAAUCCGCAAAAAUGGUAAAUGGGUGCCUAUAAAACCUCUUCCUGAUGCAUUAUCGUAAAUAUUGGUGAUGUCAUGGAGAUCAUGAGUAAUGGGGAGUACAGAAGCAUUGAGCAUAGAGCUGUGGUCAAUUCAGAGAAGGAAAGGCUAUCCAUUGCUGCUUUCCACGGUCCAACCAUAGCAGCAACAAUCGGUCCCCUGCCGGACCUUGCGGAAAAAGAUGGAGCCAAAUACAAGACCAUGAGAUACGAGGACUAUGCAAAAAUGUAUCACAGCAGCAGACUAAGUGGCAAAAGCAUGAUUGAGGCUGUGAAAAUACACAACUGAGAGAUCUGAAAUCAGUAAUAAGAGCUUCAGAUAGAGCUCAAAGAGCAUUGGCUUGUUACUGCAAACUACCAAAUUCAACAUUUUUGAAGGGCAGAUUGAAAUGUUUAAACUGUCAAGGGUCCUGAUCAUCAAUUACCCUUUUGCCUUAAUGCUGAGUGCAGUUCUAUAUUUGUACUUCAAAAUUAAUGUCUUGUUUGAGUCAAAGAGUAUUCCAAACACAAUAUAAAUGACCC